AGAGUUUCUGGGCUCCAUUGGUGGCUUGGGGAUUGACGCAGAGAUCUCAAAGAACUUCCAGCGAAUCCUAACCAAGCAGGGACUCAAGUUCAAGCUGAGCACAAAAAGGUGAUGAGUGCCAGCAAGCAAGGCGACAAGAUCAUGGUCUCUGUUGAGGGAGUCAAAAAUGGAAAGAAAGAGGAGCUUGAAUGUGACACCCUCCUGGUCUGUGUGGGACGACGACCCUACACCACCAACCUUGGCCUGGAGGAGCUUGGGAUUGAGAAAGACGAGAAGGGUCGCAUUCCUGUCAACUCUCGCUUCCAGACCAUCAUCCCCAAUAUCUUUGCCAUUGGGGACUGCAUUCAUGGCCCCAUGCUGGCCCACAAGGCAGAAGAUGAGGGCAUUGUGUGUGUAGAGGGCAUUGCUGGUGGCCCUGUCCACAUCGACUACAACUGUGUACCAUCUGUUAUCUACACUCAUCCUGAGGUGGCCUGGGUUGGCAAGACAGAGGAAGACCUGAAGGCUGAGGGUGUGGAGUAUGCAGUUGGCAAGUUCCCAUUUGCAGCCAAUUCUCGUGCUAAGUGUAAUGACGACACUGAUGGCCUGGUCAAGAUCUUGGCAGACAAGCACACAGAUCGGCUGUUGGGCGCACACAUCAUUGGUCCAGGUGCAGGCGAGAUGAUCAAUGAAGCAGCAUUGGCCAUGGAGUACGGUGCUAGUUGUGAGGAUGUAGCGCGUGUAUGCCAUGCCCACCCCACCUGCUCAGAGGCCUUCCGUGAGGCUAACCUGGCUGCAUACUUCGGAAAGCCCAUCAACUUCUAAUGAAUAGGCCGUUAUUUAUAAAAGAAACGAUAAAAAAAUAACAAGAUAUAUGUAUUGUCUAUAUUUUUUCCGUGCUUUUAGUCUUGUUUAGGGAUGAGGAUCUUUGAUGCAUUUCAUGAGCUAUUUGAACCCAUUCUUUCUUUCUCUUUUCUUUCUUUUACACACUUAGGUAGCACAAUCAUGAAAAAAAAGAGAUAAAAAUUUUGGCUGGUGAUUUACUGUUCAAUUCUUUUCAGAGUAAAAUUUAUUAUUAUUUAUCUUGCAAUGAAGUUUGUUGACAUUUAAUAAAUUAUUUCUCUGUCACUGUUUCUUGCUGUCUUUUCUAACCCAAAGAUGUAAUGCAUCAUAUCUGUACAUAGUUGUGCAUAUGAAACUUGUCGUAUGUGGAAGAUGCAAUGUAAGUAUAUUAUACUUGGUGAGAAUUUCUCAAUUUGUAAGUAAAACACACUGUCUA